AAGACUGCCAGGGCCAAGAACUACUGACUCGACUCUUAAUUCUGAUGCCCUGAGAACAGCUUCUGAGACCUGGGAUCAUAUAGGGGUGACUUUUGAGGAGUUGACUGUGUCUUUCAACACGGGAGAGUGGGCCUUGCUGGAUCCGGACCAAAAGGCCCUUCACAGAGAAGUCAUGGAGGAGAAUUGGGCUAUUGUGGCCUCUCUGGGUGGUGAUAGACAAGAGAGAGCGCAUGUAAGAAACCGAAAGACGUCUUUGUUGCGAAGAAUCCAAUAUCAACAGAAGAAAAGAAAGGGAAGCAAAAUCAGCAUUCAGGAGAGGAAUGUGAAUAAAGCUUCUGCUUCUCAGACUGGAAAUUUAUAUGGAAUUUCUGUUCAAAAUAUAAAACAAAAAGGAGAGCAACAGAGUAAAUCUGAUUGUUUUGAAAGUUGGAGGAAUGCCAGUUGUAAAGAAAGCCUUACUCUUCACAGGGGAAUUAAUGUAGAAAGAAUUCAUACACAAAAAAUAAAAUGUGGAACAAGUUUGAGUAGAAAGAAAAAUCUCUCUUGUCAACAGAGAAUUCAUACAGGAGAGAAGCUAUUUAAAUGCUUAGAAUGUGGAAAAACAUUCAAUUGGAAGCAAAGUCUCACUCAUCAUCAAACAAUUCACACAGGAGAGAAGCCAUUUAAAUGCCUGGAAUGUGGAAAGGAAUUCAGUCGGAAGACACAUCUCACUUGUCAUCAAAGAAUUCAUACAGGAGAAAAGCCAUUUAAAUGCUUAGAAUGUGGAAAAACAUUCAAUUGGAAGCAAAGUCUCACUUUUCAUCAAAUAAUUCAUACAGGAGAGAAGACAUUUAAAUGCCUGGAAUGUGGAAAGGAAUUCAGUCGGAAGACACAUCUCACUCUUCAUCAAAGAAUUCAUACGGGAGAAAAGCCAUUUAAAUGCUUAGAAUGUGGAAAGAAAUUCAAUUGGAAGCAAAGUCUCACUCAUCAUCAAAGAAUUCACACAGGAGAGAAGCCAUUUAAAUGCUUGGAAUGUGGAAAGAAAUUCAGUCAGAAGGGAGAUCUCACUCUUCAUCAAAGAAUUCAUACAGGAGAGAAGCCAUUUAACUGCCUCGAAUGUGGAAAGAAAUACAGUCGCAAGAGAGAUCUCACUUAUCAUCAAAGAAUUCAUACAGGAGAGAAGCCAUUUAAAUGCCUGGAAUGUGGAAAGAGUUUCAGUCGGAAGCAAACUCUCACUCAUCAUCAAAUAAUUCACGCAGGAGAGAAGCCAUUUAAAUGCCUGGAAUGUGGAAAGGAAUUCAGUCAGAAAACAGAUCUCACUCGUCAUCAAAUAAUUCAUACAGGAAUGAAACCGUUUAAAUGCCUGGAAUGUGGAAAGGAAUUCAGUCAGAAGAGCGAUCUCACUCGUCAUCAAAGAGUUCAUACAGGAGAAAAGCCAUUCAAAUGCCUGGAAUGUGGGAACAGUUUCAGUCAGAUGACACAUCUUACUUGUCAUCAAAGAAUUCAUACAGGAGAAAAGCCAUUCAAAUGCCUGGAAUGUGGAGAAAGUUUCAGUCAGAAGAUAAAUCUUACUCGUCAUCAAAGAAUUCACACAAGAGAGAAACUAUUUAAAUAGUUGGAAUGUGGAAAGAGUUUCACCCGGAUGACAAGUCUCUCCAUCAAAUAAUCCACGCAGGGAGAAUUGAUGGCUGAAUCCACACAGCAGAAUUAAUGCAGUUUGACAUCGCUUUAAAUGUUAGGGCUCAU